CAAUCCUAGCCUUCCGUUUCCUUCUCUUUUGCUCACCAUCCUUCAUCGGAGACACAAGGAAAAAACAGACCUCUGCAAAAUAAUAAUAAUUAUAACACACAAUAAUAAUUACAUUCAGAAAAACAACAAAGUCUUUUAGAGAGAAUGGGCCUUAUAAACUCUAAAAACUUUAAAGCAAAACUAGCCCAAAUUCUAAUGCUUGGGCUUGAUUCAGCAGGGAAAUCCACGCUCUUGUACAAGCUAAAAUUCAACGAUGUCUUCCAAACUUUGCCAACGAUUGGUUUCAACGUGGAGAUGAUUGAAACGAGAGAAAACAUUGCCUUAACUGUCUGGGAUGUUGGAGGCCAACACCAAAUGAGGACUGUUUGGAACAACUACUUGGAAAACACAGACUGUCUGGUCUACGUUGUGGACAGCACAGACAAGCAGCGCUUGGAAGAGUCAAAGAGAGAGCUGGAGCUUAUUUUGAAGAAUGACAGGAUAAAAAAUGUGCCUGUGGUUGUACUAGCAAACAAACAGGACCUUCCUGGAGCUCUGAGUCCUGAGGAAAUAACCAGGAGGCUCAACAUGAAGAAGCAUUGUCAUGACCGAAACUGGUACGUACAACCCUGUUGUGCAAUUACAGGUGAGGGCUUGUCAGAAUCACUUUGGAAAGUGACAUCGUUUGCAAAAUCCUACAUGAAAUCUAAGCAUGAAGUUUUUACUAUUUUCAAGCAAGCUUAACAUAUCCUAAUCUGAUAGGAGGAAGUAGAACUGGGCAUGGUUAGCCUUGAGAAGACUGAGGCAGCACUCUUCAUGUAUUUGAAAAGUUAUCACACAGAGGAGGGCCAAGAUCUCUUCUCGAUCAUCCCAGAUUUCAGGACAUGGAAUAAUAGGCUCGAGUUAAAGGAAGCCAGAUUUUGGCUGAACAACAGAAAAAACUUUCUAACUGUUAGUGAGGUACAACAAUGGAACCGAUUACCUAGGGAGGUGGUGGGCUUUCCAACACUGGAGGCAUUUGUUGGGUGUGCUUUAAGUUGGAUUCCUACACUGAGCACAGGGUUGGAUUCAAUUGCCUUAUAGGCUCCUUCCAGCUCUACUAUUCUAUGAUUCUAUGAGGACUAUCCAUAACUGACUGAGACAAAAAGUCAGUUCUUUAAUGGAAUAUCUGAUGCUGCUUUUCAGACUUUUCUAAGACAGAAUAUAUUCAUACCAGGUCAGUUUACUCUUUUGAUCCUUUGCAUUACUUCUCGGAGAAAUACUAUUUUGCUGUGCUUUAAUAACUAAAUGUAACUGUGGCUGUCUUAAAUUCUGAAUUCAAUGUUUAUGCAACUUCAUAAAGAACAGGUUUAGAAUGCUUUUGAAAUGUUAAAUGUCUGGCAUCCAUUUUAUUUCCAACAGGAUGCAAAUAAUAAGAUGAGUGUAACUGCCAAAUAAAACUAUACAACA